AUGGCCAACUCCCCCCACGGCGGUGUCCUCAAGGACCUGAUCGCACGAGAUCUCCCUCGCCAUGCUGAGCUCUCUGCCGAAGCCGAGAAGCUUCCCGCACUGCUCCUGAGCGAGCGCCAGCUGUGCGAUCUCGAAUUGAUCAUCAAUGGCGGGUUUUCGCCGCUGGAAGGUUUCAUGACCGAGAAGGACUACAAUGGCGUCGUCAAGGAGAACCGCCUCGCAGACGGCGCGCUCUUCAGCAUGCCCAUCACGCUCGACGUCGACCAAAACACCGUCAAAGAGCUCGCCAUCCAGCCCGGUGCCAGAAUCACGCUGCGCGAUUUCCGGGACGACCGCAACUUGGCCAUCCUCACCGUCGAGGAUGUUUACCAGCCCGACAAGGCUUUGGAAGCGAAGGAAGUCUUUGGAGGCGAUGAGGAGCACCCGGCUGUGCGGUACCUCUUCAACACCGCCAAGGAGCUCUACGUCGGCGGCAAGCUCGAGGCCAUCAACCGGCUGCAGCACUAUGACUUUGUCGAGCUGCGGUACACCCCCGCGGAGCUGCGCGCACACUUCGACAAGCUAGGCUGGUCCCGCGUCGUCGCCUUCCAAACCCGCAACCCGAUGCACCGCGCCCACCGCGAGCUCACCGUCCGCGCGGCCCGCUCCCACCACGCCAACGUGCUCAUCCACCCGGUCGUCGGCCUGACCAAGCCCGGCGACAUCGACCACUUCACCCGCGUGCGCGUGUACAAGGCCCUGCUCCCGCGCUACCCCAACGGCAUGGCCGUGCUCGGUCUGCUGCCCCUGGCCAUGCGCAUGGGCGGGCCCCGCGAGGCCAUCUGGCACGCUAUCAUCCGCAAGAACCACGGUGCUACUCACUUCAUCGUCGGUCGUGACCACGCCGGUCCCGGUAAGAACAGCAAGGGGGUUGAUUUCUACGGGCCCUACGACGCUCAGUAUGCCGUGGAAAAAUACCGCGACGAGCUGGGCAUUGAGGUGGUCCCCUUCCAGAUGAUGACCUACCUCCCCGACAGCGACGAGUACGCCCCUGUGGACCAGAUCCCCCAGGGUGUCCGCACCCUCAACAUCUCCGGCACGGAACUGCGCGCCCGCCUGCGCAGCGGCCGCGACAUCCCGGAGUGGUUCUCCUACCCAGAGGUGGUCAAAGUGCUCCGCGAAUCCCACCCGCCGCGGUCGCAACAAGGGUUCACAGUGUUCCUCACGGGGUACCAGAAUAGCGGUAAAGACCAGAUCGCGCGGGCGCUGCAGGUGACGCUGAACCAGCAGGGCGGGCGGUCGGUAUCGAUGCUGCUGGGUGAGACGGUGCGCAGCGAGCUGUCGUCGGAGCUGGGGUUCAGCCGCGAGGACCGCGACAAGAACAUUGCGCGCAUUGCGUUUGUGUCGUCGGAGCUGACGCGGUCGGGCGCGGCGGUGAUCGCAGCGCCGAUUGCCCCCUUUGAGCAGGCGCGCCAGCACGCCCGCGAGCUGGUGGAGAAGUACGGGGAUUUCUACCUCGUGCAUGUGGCUACGUCGCUGGCGUACUGCGAGCAGACGGACAAGCGCGGGACGUAUGCGCGGGCGCGGGCCGGGGAGAUCAAGGGCUUUACGGGGGUGGAUGAUCCGUAUGAGGCGCCGUCGAAGCCGGAUUUGGUGGUGGAUGCGGAGACGCAGUCGGUGCGGUCGAUUGUGCACCAGAUUGUGUUGUUGUUGGAGAGCAAGGGGUUGCUGGAUCGGUUUUAA